AUAAACGAAAAAUCUCACUAGAACAAACGUUAACAUGGUGAAUUUCUCCAAAACUUUCAGUGUUAGAACUAAAUAUGGAGCGAUGGCAACCGUGGUCUUUGCCAGCAUUUAUGUUGUAGGGGCUUACAUAUCUCGCGCCCGAAAAAUGAGCAAAGAAGAGGAUCAAGGCCCUCAACUUACAAGGUCCAUGUCCAUAGCAGUCCUCCAUGGAGGGCAGCUUGCCUUGCAGAGAUUGUUCGAAUAUCACGAAGCUCGAGCAGACAAAUCCGCAGUGGAGGUAGCUGAAUGUGAGCUGAAGACUCACCUUGCAGAACAACACCCUGAUUACAAGAAGCUGCAGUCGGUUAUUGGGAAGCUUGAAAUGAGUGGGAAAGAAGCCCAAGCAGUUGAAAUAUUAAAGAAUGCAACAGCAAAGGCACGCAAUGAAGGAAGAAACCAUGAAGCAUAUGAAUACGAGAUGUUACUAGUAGAAAUGCUUAUAUACAAGGGAGAUUUUAAGGAGGCGCUCGGCCGUGAAUGCUUGAAACAUGUUGAGAUUUCAGAUGCACGGCGUCCGCUGUUCAAGGCUAUCAUUCACAUCAUAUUAGAGUGCAACGAGAAUGAAGGGACAAAAUAUUGGAGAGAAUUUAACGAUCUAAAAGAAGAAUUCCAGAGUAGACCAUGUAAAAAAGAAAGCAUGGAAGAAUGCCAACUCCAUAAACUCAGUACAAAUUUCAACGAGUUUAAGAAGGUCGUCCACAUGCUCAAAAAGGACAUAAUAGAGGCGCAAGCAAAAAGAAACAAGAAAUAAGAGAUGAGCUUUUAGCUAUUGACUUUUCCUUGACUCAAAAAAGAAAGUUGGAAAAGCACCGUAUAAUGGUUGUCUUUUUAAUCAUUUGAAUCCAAACCAUUUCAUCACUCAAUAUAAUAGUUGUCUUUUUAAUUUCUUGAAA